UUGAUGAUGAUUCGCUUCACCAGCCUCACAAGGCGUCAGCACUUGACAGCCGGAAAAGGGGCCACGCGCACCGCCCAUCACACGGGGUUUCUUCGUUCGUUUUCGCCCGGAUUCACUGUUGCUGCCGCUGCCGCUGUUGUCGUUGCCAUCACGGAUGCUGUGGGCGCCGCCGCCGCAUAUCUCGCCCGCGGCGGUUUUUGUUUGCACAAUCGAGAUGCCGCGCCUGGACGGGCGCAGCGUAAUCGGGCUUGGCCCUGCGAAAGCCGGGCUGCACAGUAAGCACGAGGAAAUUGCACUUGAUCCAUCUGCCUUGUUUGGAGCCUCUUCCAGGUUCCGUGAUAACUGACAGGCACAAGGCACAGGCAGAGCAGAGCAUAGCAUCAAUAACAGAGCAUAGCAGAGUAC